GCUCUGCAGCCCUCUCCACCAGCGGCCCGCGGCGGAGUCCAUACCGCGGGAUACAGCUGCAGGACGACAGAGCUACAGCGAGCCGUUCACAAUGUGUUGAUGACCGGGAGAACCGGUCACGACGCUUUGAGGACAUGUCAGAAAGCUCCUCAGGUGUGAACAGCGGCAGUUUCCCCAAAUCCCACUCCUCCCCGGAUUCAGAGCUCGGAGUGACCGCCACACCCCUCUCCGUGGACCACAGUCCCGACUCUGGGCUGGUAUCUACGCCUGUUCCAUCGAGUCGCUUCAGGUUUUUGUCAUGGCAUCGUCUGGAGCAGUGUGACGUCACAGGUGACCAGCUGGCCUGUCCUCGUGUUAGAGAAGGGCCGUCACAAGAGGAGCUACAUCUAGCAGAGGAUGUCGAUGUCUUACUGGAGAGAGGGAGGAGGAGGAGGAGGAGGAAGGAAGAAGGACAGAGGUGGGAGGAGAGGCUGCAGGAGAACUGGGAAAACUGCCUCGAGUUAAACUUGUCCUACCAAGACUUGGGAGACCCCUACCAGCUGGAGAACUUUUUGCGGAUCCUCCGUCGGUUGAUCCGUGUGGAAAAACUACAACUGAUCGACAAUUCUCUCAUGAACCUGAGUUCUGUGCGUCUGCCAAGGUGCCGAAUGCUAAACCUGCACCGUAACCACCUGGUGUAUCUACAUCAGCUGCCAAAGCUCCCGGCGGUAGAGCACCUUUGUCUGUCGGAGAACGCCAUCGCCUCCCUGGGUGGACUGGGAUCUCUGGGGCACAGCCGGCUUCGCUCCCUCAACCUGACCCGCAACCCAGUGGCCUUUACUCAGGACUACCGCGCACGGGUUUUCUCCUGUUUGCCAAACCUGGAGGUGUUGGACGGGAUUCCAAAGCUGCCAGCAGACGCGCUGCCUUUCAGAAUAAGAGCCCCUGAAACCACAAGGAUCUGUAACAUUUUGUGACACUCCUAAAGUUGGAUACUUAGAGACUCAACAGAAAGUUCUGCUUAGAUGACACUAAUAUAUUUUAUUUAAGGGCACAGGGACUUGAAAUAAUUUUUUUUAUACUUUAACAUUGUAUAACUUGACACCAAUAUUUUAAUAAGUC